UGAAACGUGGACAGAAUAACAUGAAGACCACUUCAAGAGCACAUUGUGCAAGUGGAGAAUGAUUGCACUUUAAUACAAAUUUAAUCCAACGGUCAUGAAACGGUGUGAAAAAGUCAAAGGCUACACAAAGACCAUAUUUACUGAAGGACUGAACAAAUGCAAAACGUGUAUAACUUUGCAUACUUUAGCUUUUUAUAGCUCCACUUCUUUCUCCACAUGUUCAUCGAUAAUUGCAUUCCGUGUUCAUGGAGCCAUUAUUUAUCACGGUUUCUGACUCACUUUGGCUUUUGUUUUUAAAUGCAGACAUCUUGAAAAUCUGAUAAAUGCAGCAAAAACUUCUUCCAGUCUCCUCCCAGUUUCAGGUGAGGGGCGGGACCCUGAGCACGUUAUAAAAAGGUAGUGCGCGUCCCUGAACUGACAGUUUCCCAGUCAACAGGUAAACAAAAUUUUCUCACAGCAGUACUUUUGUGUCACGUGAUUCACAAUCGGUCGAGAGAGGGGCGCAGGUGAGGCAGCAAAGUAACCUGGGAGCUCUUCAGGAUGGAGGUCAAGUGGAAGGCCGCAGCUCUCCUCUUCGCUCUUUGGUGUUGCUGCGAUGCUCAGCGCAUAACCUCCGUGUCCCCACGCAUAGGAAGCGUCAAUGGAGCCACACGACUCACCAUUCAAGGAGAUGGUUUUGCACAGGAGCGGCAGUUCCAGCUGAAUCCAGUAGACGACAUGUUUGGAAACCGUGUGACCCUGGUGUCAAACACCCUGUCAGUCCCCUGUGAUGUGGAGAGAGACUCCACACACAGCAACCAGAUUAUGUGCUACACCAGACCCAUGCCAUAUGAUUAUUAUGAAAUCCAUGUCAGCGUGGAUGGUGUUCCAGACAACAGCAUGUGCCGUUAUAGUUCGCUCUGCAUCUUUACAACUGUUUGGUAUCGCACGCCUACUAUUGAAUCUCUGAGUCCAGUCAGUGGUCCUCCAGGCACAUUGGUGACCGUGUAUGGACGUAUCUUUACCGAUGUAUAUGGAAGCAACACAGACUUGAGCUCAAAUGGAAUCAACGCCAGAUUUCUGAGAUCCUACAUGGGAGGAAUGCCUUGUGAUCUGCUUAAACCCAACUCAGAUGAACGGUAUAACCUCCAACUGGUUUCUCAAUCUUCACAAAUGGGAUACAUGAGCUGCAAAAUGACGGGGACGUUUGUUGGUCAUCAAAACCUGAGUUACAUUCUUGAUGCAGACUUUGGGAGGAGUCAGGCAGUGAAGAAGCUCUACAGGGUUUCAGCUUUGGGCAAGCUGUCCAUGUUUCAGACCUUUGCAGAGGUGACAGGGGUCUUUCCUUCAGAGGGUAGCAUCAUGGGUGGAACUCUGUUGACCGUUCAGGGUCGUUUUUUUGACGAAACUGAUCAACCAGCACGCGUUCUCGUUGGAGGCCUGCCUUGUGAAGUCCAGAGUGUGGACGAUGACAGAAUCACAUGCAAGACUGCAGAACACCAGAUGAACAAGAACGCAGCAGUCUACCCGGGCGGAAGAGGCUUGAAAAUGGAGGUGUGGAACAACUCGCGGCCCUCUUCUCUCAGCAAUAUUUGGAGCUACAACAGGAACACAACUGGCUACUGGUCUCAGUGGAUCGACUCCAUGCCCUACGUCUUCCCCAGAGAAAUGGAUUACUUCACCACACGAUUUACAGGCUUCUUUGUCCCUCCUGCCACCGGCAACUACACGAUAUACUUGAACUGUGAUGAUCGAUGUGAUCUCUAUCUCAGCAACUCGAGCCGCCCUGAAAAUAAGGUUAAAGUUGCAUAUCAGCCAUAUUAUGUCAUUGACUACACACAACUGGCGUCACAAAAGUCACAAGUACUGGCCUUGGAGAAAGACAAACCGUAUUACAUGGAAAUUCUUCAACAGGAAUAUGGCGGUGCAGCUACCAUAAACUUGGGAUUGUUCCAAGGGGAGAGUUCCUACACAGAAGACCAGACAGAUGAUGCUGUCAAUGAAGUCCAGGACAUUGGUGCUGAUUACGACGUGUUUGAUGAGGAGCAGGUGGUUACCUUUGACAUGUGGCCCGCCAAUGUGGCUGGAGUCAAGGAAGUCCAGAACGUGACUGUGAGCAGCAGCUGUUCUGACGCACUCUGUAGUAGCGCCUUCUUCAGCCUCGGCUAUGGACGUGCCAUGACUGCACCGAUCCCAGUCAGCGCUUCAGCAGCUGAGGUAGAAACAGCCUUGAACGGCCUGUGGUCCAUCAAACCUGACACGGUCAUGGUCACCAAACAACAAAGCAGCGAAGGGUCUCACUUUAUAGUCACUUUCAAUUCUGACAGAGGUGACUUUGAACCUCUUCACUUUGAGGUUUUUGGUUUGGACACCAACAUCACUGUUGCUGAGGUUACCAAGGGGAGGGGCAACAUGAAAACCUUCACUCUGCUCUGGGGAGGAAUCCCUACAAAGCCCAUCGCCUUCAAUGCAUCCAAAUCUGAGGUUCAGUCGGCUCUGGAAGACCUGAUGAAAGCAGAGUGUCCGGGGGAGAUCUUGACUUUUGAAGGCACUGAUGUGAAAUACUUCAAAGACUUUGAAAAUGACAAUUCGCAGUUCAAUAUUGCAAACGAAGGGACGCCUGUAGAUCACUCUGGAUUCUGUGGCCGGUGGUCGCUGAAAAACGCCGAGAUCCUUUUCAAGGACAGCUACACAACAGAGUCUGGAGAUACAUAUGGACCGGUUUCAUUGGACAAGCACCCAAUGCUUUGCUUUGCAUACAAGGGAAUGUUGAAAGAUGAAGUUGGAAUGAGGUUCACUUACCAGGACAGCAAAGGCAAAACGCUAACACUCACAACAAAGAUCAACACUAUCUUCAACAAGGGCUCCAAAUGGAGUUACAAAUGCAUGAAUCUGCAAAGUUCUCUGCAGACACAAUACAUUGGGAGCAGAUACAGUCUGCUUGAGUUCUACCUGUACAAGGAUACUUCUGGUGAAGAUUUCUACAUAGAUGUCGUUCAUAUUGGAAAGAUGGCCACUGCAAUUGAUGAAAAUGCUGUUCCUAACAAGAGGAGGCCCGCUCCUUUUGAGGAUUCUGGUCGGUCCUUCGAGUUGAUCUCCGUCAGCAAACAUGCAUCAUCUGCUUCACGGAUCAGCUAUGAGAUCAAAGCCACACCUCUAGACUGUGCAUUUGAUUUUCCACUGCUAGGCAUUGGCUUCCUGCAGAUGUCCAACAACAGUGAGGAUGCGGCUGAGUUUAAAGAAGGAGCUACCACAGUGACCAUCGCCCGCCCUCACCGAGCCUCCCCUCCUCUGAACGGCACUUUUGAUGCGAUGAUUUAUGGUGGUCGAGCUGAAGGUUUAUCUGUGGACAUCAGUGAGGAGGACCUGAAGUAUGCCCUGGAGGGAAUUGCAGGGAUGGGCCAGGUCACCGUCCAAAAGUCUGGAACCUGCAGACGUCCCCAGUGGAGCGUUAAGUGGCUCACAAAGCCAGGAGACCAACCUCUGAUCCAGUUCGAUUACUCGUCAGUUGUCGGGGAAAAUGUCAUUAUUUCGGCCACGGAAACACGAAAGGGAGGUCUGUGGAUUCGAAGCCUGACAGGAGACUUUUUCCGAGUGUGGGAAAACAAACCACAGGUGGAGGUUCAAAUCAACGGCAUCCCAUCAAAGUGUUCUGGUGACUGCGGCUUUAUAUGGUCCGAAGAGAAAACUCCAGUCGUGACAGGAAUCAGCCCUUCGCAAGGUUCUAAUGGUCUGGGGACUCUCUUAACUGUCACUGGGACUGGCUUCAGCAGUGAAAAUGCUUCCAUCAUGGUGGGAAAGGCCAGGUGCCACGUUGAAGCAACCACAGCUACCACUCAAGUAUGCAGACUUGGCAGCACCAGUGCCGGCACCUACCCAGUGUUAGUAAGCUUCCCCUCUCUGGGCGAUUCACGCUUUUCAGACAGCAACCUCCUCUUUACCUACCAGCUCAUCGUGUCUUCUUUCGUCCCGCUCUCUGGAAGCGUUGCAGGAGGGACUCUGCUGACAGUGAGAGGCUUUGGCUUCAGCCAGAACGCUACAGUUACUGUUGGCAGUGCAGAGUGCACACUGAUUGAUUCAACUGACACUGAACUGAAAUGCAGAACACCAGCAGGAGCUGUGGGAUCACAGACGGUCACGGUGUUGUUGGGAAACAUGAGUCAGACGGCCAUCAGCUCCUUCACCUACGAUAAUAACCUCACCCCACAGAUCACAGGCCUGAAUCCCCUGACCACCACUGUGAUUGGCCACCGAGUUCUCACCAUCCAAGGUUUGAACCUCGGGCAGCAAGACAAUGACAGCAUCGUGCUUGUAGGAAGGAGGGAAUGUGUCACUUUGCUUUGGACGGAAGCAAACAUCACCUGUCUUCUCCCUGUGCUGCCACCUGGCAUGCAUGAGGUGGACGUACAGGUUGGGAACAAUGGCUACCCCCAGACGAGCAAUGGUGUAAACACGACCAUUGAGUACAUCCUGGAAGUCUACAGCGUCUCGCCGUUGUUCGGUUCUUUGAUGGGAGGAACCGAGCUGACCGUUUCUGGCUCUGGGUUCAGCAGCAACGUAUCUGACAACACUGUGUCUGUUGGAAACGCUGCUUGUGAAGUGACGGCCGCCUCAGAGAAUGAGCUGCAGUGUGUUGUGCAAUCAGAGGAGAAGACCCACAUCGUUACCAACCAGGGAUUCGAUCGCGUUUAUGGGCAGGGAAAUGCGUGGAGUCCAGCCUCACUCACCGUAUUCAUUGGCGACACGGUAAUGUGGCGUUGGGAGGCACCAGCCUUUCAGGAAGUUGGGUACCGGGUCUUCAGUGUUUCCAGCCCAAGCGGUACCUCUUAUGAAGGAGGACCUUUCACCAGUGGAGAGACCAAAACUGCCCAAGGAUUUUUCAGCUACCGUUUCACCGCGCCCGGGGUUUAUUACUACAGCAGUGGCUACAUAGACAAUGCCAACCUCAGACUCCUGCAGGGAGUCGUGAGAGUCCAGAGUCGGGAGGAAAAGAGCAGCGAGGUCUCUGUCCGAGUGAAGGGCAUUGAGGCCAGACAUGUGGCUGGAAGUUCACGUCGUGUCUCCAGAGCAGCGCCACAGUGCAUUGCCUCCCCGCAGUGCCAACAGUCCAAUCAGACUGAUACACUUUCCCUUAGCACCUCCGCCUGCACCACUCCCAUGGUUUACUCCAUUUCUCCCAACCAGGGCUCAUACCACAAAGCGAUCCAGAUCAAGGGCAAAAGCUUCAGCGACGUGGCCUGUGCUAACGAGGUGAUGGUGGGAGAUCAACCCUGUCAGGUGAUCAACAGCUCCCAAUCUGAGAUUAACUGCCAGCUCAGUCCCAGCAGUGAACUUCCCAUUGGCCUUGCUCUCCCUGUGGCCGUCAGAGUCAACAACCUAGGCAGCGCCGUCAUCGCUGUGCCAAAUGAGCUUGAGCGUCGCUUUGUGGUUCUCCCAGUGGUUGACUCAGUCUCGCCUCCUAUUGGAAGCCCCACUGGCCACACUAGGCUCCUCAUCCGCGGUUCUGGCUUCUCAGAGGGACUUGUAAUUGUAGCCAGCGAGCUCUGUCGCAUCCAGUCUCUUAAUUACACUUCGAUCAUCUGCGACACGGCGCCUUCUCAGCCACACAUCGGUGAUGUCAUCUUUUACAUGGGCCAAAUCCAAAGCGCCUGCCACUCAAACUGCUCCUUCCGCUACUCCUCGUCCGUCACUCCCACAGUUACCGGCAUUUCCCCGGACAGCAUUGAUGAUGUCACUACUGUGACCAUCUCUGGCUCAGGGUUUGGCAGCAGUGUGGAUGAUGUGGCAGUUUUUGCUGGGUUGACAGAGCUAGAAGUAACCGCUGUGACCGACGGCAACAUCAGCGCAAGAGUCAGCGCUCUGCCUGCAGGUGACCACUCAGUCAAAGUGAUUGUGAGAAGCAAAGGCCUCGCUUCUGGUCAGGUCACCCUGAGCAGUAAGGCACAAGCAACCCUGAACCCCAACGUGGGCAGCCUGGCGGGAGGAACGCCACUUAUCUUCACAGGAAAUGGCUUCGCUCGAGGGAACACAAGCGUGAUGGUCGGUAGGAAACCCUGCAAGAUUCAGGAGGUGACGCCGGGUCGUCUUAUCUGCCUGACGCCUCCUAACACUGUGGGGCUGGUGACCGUCAUUUUGCAGGUCUUCUCUGUGCAGUAUCCUCCUCUCAGCUUCACCUACUCCACCGCCCACACUCCUGUCAUCAGCUCCAUCAGCCCCACCACAGGACCGAGCGGGUCCGUCAUCACCCUGACAGGUUCAGGCUUCGGCAAUGACUCUCAGCUCAUCACCAUCACCAUAAAUGGCGUCCCUUGCAAUGUUUCCACGGUCUCCGACACACAGGUCCAGUUUGCCGCAGGAAGCAAUCCAGGGGCGACAUACCCAGUCAUGCUGCAUCACCAGGUCAAAGGUUAUGCCCAGUCAGGAGCCGUGUUCACAUAUGAACUGACGCUCAGCAGUGUGCAGCCCAGUGAAGGUAGUUUCGGUGGCGGUGCGCUGCUAUCCAUCCAGGGCUCUGGGUUUGAUCCACUCAACUCCACUGUGCGGAUCUGUGGGGAGGAAUGCCAGGUUCACAGAGAAACAUCCACAUCCACCCAUCUGUACUGCCAGUCUCCACCUCACAACAGCACUCAGUCAGAGGUCAGCUGCGUUGUAGCCGUCAUUAACCCACAUGAUGCGGUCAACGUGUCAAACGGCUUCACCUAUAGAUCUCAGCUGACUCCAGUGAUCACUCAGGUUUCUCCUCGCAGAGGCGGCACUGCUGGAGGCACCCGGCUCACAAUCACCGGCUCUGGUUUCAGCACUGACAUUAACGAGAUCAACGUGACGAUCGCAGAGUCCGUGUGUGACGUGCAGUCCGCCAACAGCACGCACAUCAUCUGCGUGACCAGCGCUCAGGGGCAAUCUCAGGAAACCAAAGUCAGAGUCAACAUCGGAAACCAAGGCAUCGCCAAGAUGGACAACGCAGAUUUCUUUUACAUUGACGUGUGGUCGUCCAAGUUCACGUGGGGAGGUCUGUCUCCACCAGAGGAGGGCACAUUUGCUGUUAUUACUAAAGGCCAGACCAUCCUGCUGGACACCAACACACCUGUGCUCAAAAUGCUGCUUAUUCAAGGAGGGACGUUAGUGUUCGAUGAAGCCGACAUCGAGCUGCAGGCAGAAAACAUACUGAUCACCGACGGCGGUCGGCUCCAGAUCGGACAGGAGGGAGCGCCGUUCCAACACAAAGCCAUCAUCACGCUUCACGGUCAACUGCGUUCACCUGAACUUCCUGUUUAUGGAGCCAAGACACUGGCUGUCAGAGAGGGCGUGUUGGACCUCCAUGGUAUUCCUGUGCCGAUCCCCUGGACCCACUUGGCCCAAACAGCAAACAGUGGCUCAAAAACAUUGAACCUGAUGAAGGCGGUGACGUGGAAAGUAGGAGAUGAGAUCGUUAUUGCCACCACUGGACACAGGCACAGUCAAGGAGAGAAUGAGGUGAGGAGGAUUGCCGCUGUGUCGGCUGAUGGAAUGACUCUCACCCUGACCGAACCGCUGAACUACACUCACCUCGGGGUGUCCGUGACGCUGCCUGAUGGUACGGUGUUUGAGGGCAGAGCUGAGGUGGGGCUCCUCACCAGGAACAUCGUCGUGCGAGGUUCACAGAAUCAAGAAUGGAAUGACAAGGUUGAAGCCUGCCCGGGCGGCUUCAACACAGGUGAGUUUACCACCCAGACAUGUUUCCAAGGACGGUUUGGAGAGGAGGCCGGCAGCGAUCAGUUUGGAGGUUGCAUCAUGUUCCACGCCCCCAGACCAAACGAGAAUCUUGCGAUUGGCCGAUUGGAAUAUGUUGAGGUUUUUCACGCCGGACAGGCCUUCAGGUUGGGACGUUAUCCCAUCCACUGGCAUCUGAUGGGAGACAUCAAUUACAAGUCGUACGUGAGGGGCUGUGCGAUUCAUCAGACCUUCAACAGGGCCGUAACAAUCCACAACACCCACCGGCUUCUGGUGGAGCACAAUGUGAUCUACAACAUCAUGGGUGGGGCUUUCUUCAUUGAGGACGGCAUUGAGACACAGAACAUCCUGCAGUACAACUUGGCUGUGUUUGUCAAACAAAGCACCAGCCUGCUAAAUGAUGACGUCACUCCCGCCGGCUACUGGGUCACAAAUCCCAAUAACAUCAUUCGCCACAAUGCCGCUGCAGGGGGAACGCAUUUUGGCUUCUGGUACCGCAUGCAUGACCGCCCUGAUGGCCCUUCCUACAACCCAAACAUCUGCCAGAAGAGAGUUCCCCUUGGUGAGUUUUAUAACAACACUGUGCACUCUCAGGGCUGGUUUGGACUGUGGAUCUUCCAAGACUUUUUCCCCAUGAAGAACGGAGGGUGCCAGUCCUCGAUCCCCGAGCCCGCUGUCUUCCGUUCUCUCACCACCUGGAACUGCGAAAAGGGUGCUGAGUGGGUCAAUGUAGGCGCCGUGCAGUUCAAAAACUUUCUCAUGGUCAACAAUGAGAAAGCAGGCAUCGAAGCCAAGCGUAUCGUUCAAUGGGCUGUGAAGGGCUUUGGAGAAGACGGCGGGGCGACGGUGUCCAAUAGCACCUUAGUGGGUCACGUGGACGAGCUCGGACUAGGCAGCGACUUCUGCACGCACCGCGGCGUCAUCCUGCCUUUCGACGACGGCAUGAGCGUCAUUAACAGCAAGUUCAUCAACUUCAACCGCAGCUCCUGCGCAACCGUCGGGGUAACCUCGAUCGACGGGGUGUGUGUGGAGCUCUGUGGUGGCUGGGCUGCCAGGUUCAGUGGCAUCCAGUACAUGAACUCACCCAACAAGGCCGGCUUCAGGUGGGAGCAUGAAGUGCAGCUGGUGGACACUGAUGGCUCCCUCACAGGAAACAUAAAUCAUGUAGUUGUGCCUAUGAGCGACCUGCUGGAUCCUGCUCACUGCUCCCAGAGUGCCGAGUGGAGCGUGGGUUUCCCCGCCGCUGUGUGCGACGAAACUGUUAACUUCCACCGUCUGGCAUUUAACAACCCCUCCCCGAGCUCUCUGGUGGCCAAGAACGUCAUUCUAACCAACUCACAUGGGAGCUCCAGGGUCCCCUUUUUGAAGAAGAGACUAACUCAUCCGUUUGGAUGGAUGGCCUUGCUGCCCUCUGGACAGACGUACAACUGGUAUUUUGAAAAUGUGGAUCACGUGACCAACAUCACUUACAGCGGAAAAUUCUACAGCUUUAAGCGGGAUCAGUAUGUCAUCGUCAACCACAACUUCACGCAGAGUCCAGACAGUUUCCAGAUCAUUGACACGAGAAACGGCUCAUUGACGCCACUGAGCUUCAGCAACAACAGGAACGGAGAUUGGUACUUCAAUAAAAGCUCCAACAACCUCUACUACAUCGUGUCUGGGAAGACAAGCCAGCGCAGGCGGAGGUCCAGCGUUGACCGAUCUAUGAUUGACGUUCAGACAAACUUUGCGGUCUUCCGCUGUUUCUACCCCAACUGCAUCCCUCCAACACCACCGCCUCCAGCCACUCUCGCGCCAUUACCUAGCCGCCGACCUGGUAACUUCAUCCGAUGGUCCAAUGCUUCUUUCUGGAAAGGCUCGGCAGAAAACAACUUCACCGAGCCAACAGAGGGUGCCGACGUGGUCAUCCCAUCAGGGCAGUGGGUCGUUUUGGACACCGACACUCCUCUUCUCAACAAGCUCACAGUUAUCGGAGUCCUUGAGAUCCCCGACACCAUGAACAGCUCAUCUACCAGACAGGCUCGGUCUGUACCCGCGUACAACACUGUGGCUAUAGAUGCUGUCUACAUCUCCAUCCAGGGCGGCCGACUGAUUGCGGGAUGGAACGACGAGCCGUUCAGAGGUCAGCUGUACAUCAAGCUGAGAGGGAACCACCGCACUCCGGACUGGCCUCUGCCAAACGGACCCAACCAGGGAUCCAAAGUCUUGGGCGUGUUCGGCACACUGGAGCUCUAUGGACUUCCUCGCAAUGUUUACCGCACCAAACUCGCCGCUACUGCUAACGCUGGAUCCAACACACUGACCCUGUCGCAGUCGGUCGACUGGCAGGUUGGAGACGAGGUUGUAAUCUCCACCAGCAGCUACACCACAUGGGAGACGGAAAAACGUCAGAUCGCUGCCGUGUCAGCGGAUGGCUUCGUCCUGACCCUGAACCAGCCUUUGACCCACACUCAUAUUGGUGGGACUGACUCUGUGUCAGGUACGACUUUCUCCUACACUCUGGCAGCUGAUGUUGGUCUCCUGACCAGAAACAUCAAGAUCAUCGGUCAGGAUUAUCCAACUAUGAUGCAAGACUCGUUUGGAGCCAGGCUGCUCGUCGGCACCUACUCCUGGGAGGGAAUCAACUAUAAAGGCAAAGCUCAGAUCAGAAACGUGGAGUUCUACCACUCUGGCCAGGAAGGCUGGACUGACUACAGCGACCCACGCUACUCUGUGGCCUUCCUCAAUCUGGGAGAGGUGACAGAAAAAGAGUCAUACAUUCAGGGCUGCGCUUUCCACGACGGCUUCUCUCCGGCAGUCGGCGUUUUUGGAACAGACGGCCUUAAUGUUGAUGAUAACAUCAUCCACCACACUGUCGGAGAAGGCAUCAGAAUUUGGGGAAAUAAGGUGAAACUGAGGAGGAACUUGGUGAUGAUGACACUGUGGCCUGGAUCGUACCAAGGCAGAGAGGAGCCUUUCAACUUUGACUGGAAUGCUGCCAUUGAGGUUAGCGAGGGGACAAACAUCGUGCUGCAGCACAACAUUGUGGCGGGUUAUGAGAGAGUGGCGUAUCGCAUUGAUGGCGAACCAUGCCCAGGUUAUAUAAAUGAUAAUGAGGCUUGGAUUCAUAACGAGGCUCACGGCGGUCUGUUCGGGGUCUAUCUGAACAAUGACGGUUUGCCUGGUUGCGCCCACAUCCAGGGUUUCUUUGUCUGGAGGAGCUUUGACUACGGCAUCUACUUCCAGACCAUCAUGAAUGUCAUGGUUUCCAACGUGACCCUGGUGGACAACGGCAUGGGAAUAAUGCCUAUGAUCUAUGGUCCCCCUUCUCUCUCCCAUGAAUUUGCCAAUAAAACAGUGCUAAUUCAGAAUUCCUUAAUUGUUGGCAGCAGCCCGAGCUUCAACUGCUCAGACACUUUGCCAAACAUCGACUUUAAUUUGGCCACCACUUCAGGCCAUCGGGCUCCCAGACCUAUCCAAGGUGGCAGAUCUGGAAUCUGCUGGCCAAAUUUCCAGUCUGCCCACAACAGUGCACCAGCUAAGGCUCAUCAUGUAAACAUGAACUACAACUCUAUUAAAGGGCUGAUGACAGUCAAAGACACAACAUUUGUCAACUUCAGAAAUGUCUGCUCUUCUGAGGCAAACGUCAUGUUCAUCACAAACCCACUGAAUGAAGACCUGCAGCACCCUGUGCAGAUUUCAGGAAUUCAGAUGAUCAACAGCACAGACGAGGCCAAAGUGUUUAUCCACAGACCUGAUUUGGGUAAAGUAAACCCUGCUGACUGUGUGGACAUGGACUGUGACGCGAAGAAGAAGAGCUUGUUGAAUGACUUGGAUGGGUCGUUCCUAGGGGCAGUGGGCGCUGUGGUGCCGCAAUCCGAGUAUGAGUGGGGAGGAGAUCCCAGGAGGGGGCUGGGCGACUAUCGCAUCCCCAAAGUCAUGCUGACAGCCCUCAAUGGCAGCCGAAUCCCGGUGAACCAGAUUGCUCCAAACAAAGGUGUGAUCAGGAGAACAUGCACCUACAUGAGUUCCUGGCAGAGCUACAAGUGCUUCGGCCUGAACUACAGGAUGUUGGUGAUUGAAAGUCUCGACGCUGACACGGAGACCAGACGUCUGUCCCCCAUCGCUGUGGUUGGAGACGGCUACGUGGAUCUGAUCAACGGUCCUCAGGAUCACGGUUGGUGUUCUGGCUACACCUGCCAGAGGAGACUUUCCCUCUUCCACAGUAUCGUAGCCACUGGUCACUCCUUUGACGUCUACUUCACGAGCGUCAGCCCGCAAAAGCUUCGCCUCAUGAUGCUCAACUCUAAUCCAUCUGAGAGCAUCGUGGUGUCAGUGUUUUAUUCCAACCCUCAGCGUCUGGAUGUGUAUGUCAAUAAUCAACUGAUCGCUCCCACUAAUGCUGAGUGGAAUGCUGAUAACACUAACUACAUCUUGAAGAAACCGAUACUUGCAGGUCAGUACGUCCCCGAGCUAAAUGCCACUGUGGGCACCAACUACUUUGACCAGGACUAUAAGAUGCUGAAGGUCGUGCUGAGAGGCUCUCAACCAGUGGAGAUCCGUACUGCCCCGGUUCUCGUCAUCGCCUUUGGGUUCCCCGCAAUGACCGAGGAGGAGUUCUAUGGCAACAGCCUGGUCCAGAACCUCGCCGUGUUCCUCAAAGUUCCUCCCAACAUGAUCCGCAUCUCCAAGAUCAUCAGGGAGAACGGAGGCGCGCGUCGCAGGAAGAGAUCCACGGGCCUGACAGUGGAGGUGGAGAUCAAAAAGCCUCCUGUCCAGCAAACCACAAACAGCACCAACGAUGACGAGGACUUUACACUGCUGAAGAACAUCGCUGAUGAACUGGGUCAGGCAGCAGUGACUGGAAACCUCAGUCAGUCCAUCGGUUUUAACGUCUCCUCCAUAGGCAUGGUCCCACCUCCUCCUCCAUCCUCAGACCCCAGCUGGAAUGAGGUGGCGACAGAGGAAGUAACGAGAGAGGAACCUACCGUGAAUUACGUGUCCGGCGUGGACCGCCUGCUGCUGAUCGAGGAGCCGAUAGCCGGGGAGUUUGUGGGUCCUCUUUACCAGCAGCCCAGUCUGAUGGCUGUGGAUGCAGAGGGAAACUGCGUCUCCGUGGGAGUGACGACUCUCAUGGUUACAGCCAGCCUGAAGGACUCUGAUGGAAACAGCGUUGGUGGGCUUGAAGGAAACACAACCAUCCUGUUCAGAACCUGCUGGGCCAACUUCAGCGACCUGUCCAUUGUUAACAGCGGUGAGAACCUGACAAUGGUCUUCACUUUGAAGGACUGGGGCACCACAUCCAGAGCCUUCUCCAUUAAGAACACUCCCACCACCCAGAUCCCGACGACCAGCAGCAACAUUACAGAGCCGACACCUACCACGACCACUGGUCAGAUCACCGACGACAGCAUCUUCGGCUCUGGCACCACUGCUUCUGCUGGCGCUCUGUGCCUGGCUAGCGUUAUCUACACCGUGGCCUGCUGCUCCGAUGCUGUCCCCAUAGGUUAGAAGAGCUCAGCCCGCUUUAUGAAGGAUAAUGUAAAGUCACGUUAACAUGAAGGACGAAAACUAACCUCUUGUUCAAAGUUUAUUGUGAGUGGUAUAUUUUUCCAUUGCUUAUAGCCUUCAGAUCAAUAUCCAUUAGAACAAAAAUCUUCUCAGGUAAAAGGGAUUUAUGAAGAAUACAACAACAAAUAAUUAUUUUUACUAUUUCAUGAGGUAAAAGUAAAGCUUUUCUUAAAUGAUUUUGUGCAUUAGAUGUUAAUUUCUGUUAGUUUUUGGGUUCUUUCAUUGUAUUUUGUGUAAGAUUUAAUAUGGGUGUGAGGUCCAAAUAGAUUACCUCUACUUUUAAAAAGUGCAGCAGUGAAAUUGAAACUGCAAACAGCUGAAGGAAAACAAGAAAUUUUGCAACAGUUUUCUGCAUGUUAAUGAUUGUUUGAAACUACACUUUCUUUUC